AUGAACGGCGAGUAUGACUACGAAGAUGGAGCACAGCAUCAAGACGGUGCACGAGAAAGCGCCGUAGCCGGGGCUUCGAACACGAAUCAGAUCAGCACUUCGUUCUUUCCCCCUCCUCCUCAAGUCUAUAAGAAAUUCACGAAGCGCAACCUAAGAUACCUCGAGAUUCUCAACUCGCACAAACUGGCAGACGACGAACCAUCAUGGGAUCUUCUGAGUGUGACUCAACGGCUCGAGCGGCAAAACGCCAUCCUGCGGCAACCCGGCUCAUCAUCCAAGAUAGAUGCUGAGCAACUGCAAGACGAAGAGGCUGACAUGGCUGCGAUACAAGAUCAGGAUUGCGAUAAACCAAUGACCGACCUGCCCGACUUUGACUUGAAGGCAGAACUUGAACCUCCAAACGUUGACUGGAUCGAGGAAGACGGUGGUUAUACAGUUUUUGGCCAGCUCUGGCCGAUACCUGACGUGACGCCUACGCUGCAACAGCUCGGUAUCCCUGUUUUGUAUCCGCUCGAGGGAACGGAUCGCAAAGAACUGCUGCUUACUCUGUUGAGAACGCUUCUACAGACAUAUCGAGAAAUCACAGGCGAUUUGCUGAAACCAGCUCAGCCAUACGACGUUUGGGUGCCCGCCGUACCAGAUCCGAACCUGACUCCCGAACAACAGCAACAACAGAUGGCGACGAAUCCAGGCUUUUGGACACAGACGACCGAAGCCAAGGACAGGUUGAAGCAUAUGCAGAACGUAGUGGUCAAUAUGCAGUUCCUGAUCAACGAGCUGAGACCGGUACAGGCAAAGGAGACGCUAAAGUUGAUCAUGCAGAUGCAGUUGGAGAGGAGAAAGCAGGAGAUGCAGCUCAUACAGGAGAGAUGUGCCACCAUGCGAGCUCGUGUAGAGGAGCUCAAGAAAAUGCUGGGCAAGCAGAGCGACUGCUACGGCUCUUCUUGA